UCUCUUUCUCUAUUAUGUAGGUGCAGUUCCAUUUCUACGGUCAUGGAUAAUAUAAUUUUUUUCCUGCCUUUUUAUUAUUGGUUGUGUAGUGAAAUAUGAGAUAAUUCCUCCUUAAUAUUGAGUCAAUUUGGUUUGACAGGAGAGUUGUUAGUUCCGGCGGCCGUAGAUUGAUUCUUGCUGCUGCUACUCCAACCGUUACCAUUAUCAUGGCUGCUAUAUUCACAGUCGCUUCUUCUUCUGCUCCUCCUCUAAGCCACCGCGCAAUACCGAAUAACUUUCCUCUACGGAAAACUUCAGUUUCGAAUAGUUUGUAUUUCUUGUCAGUUUGUUCUGACAGGAGAGUUGUUAGAUCCGGUAGUGGCGGUAGAUUGAGUGUUGCUGCUAGUCCUGCGACUGAAAGUGUUGUGGUUGAUACUGCACCGCUUACCAAACAGGAUCUUGUUGAUUACCUUGCAUCUGGUUGUAAGCCCAAGGAUAAAUGGAGAAUAGGUACUGAACAUGAAAAGUUCGGUUUUGAGCUUGGAAGCUUGCGGCCUUUGAAAUAUGAACAAAUAGCAGAAUUGCUGAAUGGCAUUGCCGAGAGGUUUAACUGGGAAAAAUUAAUUGAAGGUGAUAACAUUAUUGGACUCAAACAGGGAAACCAAAGCAUAUCAUUGGAGCCAGGUGGUCAGUUUGAACUUAGUGGAGCUCCUCUUGAAACCCUGCAUCAAACUUGUGCUGAAAUUAAUUCGCACCUCAAUCAAGUUAAAGCUGUUACUAAGGAAAUGGGAAUCGGAUUUUUGGGGAUUGGUUUCCAGCCAAAGUCGGAGCGCAAAGACAUACCUUUGAUGCCAAAGGAAAGAUAUGAGAUUAUGAAUAACUACAUGCCCAAAGUUGGUUCUCUUGGGCAUGAGCAGAUGUACAGGACAUGCACUGUACAGGUCAAUCUGGACUUUAGUUCUGAAGCUGACAUGAUCCGGAAAUUUCGUGUUGGCCUAGCUUUGCAGCCUUUAGCGACAGCUCUUUUUGCAAAUUCACCUUUCAUAGAGGGAAAGCCCAAUGGGUUUGUCAGUAUGAGAAGUCAUAUUUGGACGGAUACUGACAACGACCGCACAGGCAUGCUGCCUUUUGUUUUCAAUGACUCUUUCGGGUUUGAGCAGUACGUUGAUUAUGCUCUUGAUGUUCCAAUGUAUUUUGCAUAUCGGAAAAAGAGAUAUAUCGACUGUACUAGAAAUACCUUCAGGGACUUUAUGGCAGGAAAGCUUCUUAGUAUUCCUGGUGAAUUACCGACUCUUAAUGAUUGGGAGAAUCAUUUGACCACUAUAUUUCCCGAGGUCAGGCUAAAGAGGUAUUUGGAGAUGAGAGGGGCUGACGGAGGACCUCGGGAAAGGUUGUAUGCUUUACCAGCAUUUUGGGUAGGUUUAUUGUACGAUGAGGUUUCUUUGCAGCGUGUUUCUGAUUUGAUAGCAGAUUGGACUUUAGAAGAAAGACAAAUGCUAAGGAAUAAGGUCCCUGUAACUGGUCUGAAGACGCCAUUUCGAGAUGGUUUGCUGAAGCAUGUCGCCGAAGAGGUUCUAGAGUUGGCAAAGGAUGGCUUGGAAAGAAGAGGCUUUAAAGAAUCCGGAUAUUUAGAUCCGGUAGCUGAGGUGGUUAGAACAGGUGUGACUCCAGCUGAGAGGCUUUUGGAGUUGUAUCAUGGAAAGUGGGAGCAAUCUAUAGAUCAUGUAUUUGAGGAAUUGCUUUAUUAAGGUUCUUUCUGUGGGAGGAAUUAAUAGUGUAAACCACCUUUAGUCCUGUUAUCUAAGUAGAUAGACAUUUCAGCAUUACAAGCAAUUCUUCUAAAGACAGGAGGGUUUCCCAAAGAGCAUGGAACAUGAAUGUCCUAAAGUGCAUGCGAUUGGAGAAUGAAACUAGUAGGUAGUUGGAGUUGUUAAAAUGUACUGUUUUAGUAAGUUAGAAUUGAUUGAUAGACUACCUUAUUUACUUCGUCCUGUAUCUCGAAAACCAUUUGUCCAACAGCUUGUCUCUAGUUUCUACCUCAUGAAACCUAUGUUUACUUGCAAGUAUGUUUCAUGUCACUAUGGGCAAAUUGACGUGUAAUAAAUCUACUUGCUUUGCUAUUCA